GCAGUGAUUGAGUGAAGGAGGGAGUGGAGGAGGCAGUGAUUGAUCGCAGCGCCUGCAGCAGGAGCUCAGAGGAGCUGAGUUUUCCUCGGCGCUGCUCUGGAGAGAAAAGCUCAGCACACAGUGCACCUUCACCGCCUCACCGGAUGGGCUGCUCAUUCAGAGCCCCGACAGCCAGCUCUCUUUAAACCCCUGAGACAUUACUGAAUAAACACUUCGACGCGACUGGAUGUUCUACAGAACCGAUGCGUGAGGAAAUGUCGAGUGUGGUGUGUGUGAAGGAGGUGGAGGGGCAGGGUGACCCUGCAGAGAAGCUGUCCCAGGAUGAGCUGCUAUGUCGGACACGGGAGGUGAUGCAGGGGUUGGACGCUCUGCGUGCUGAACACCAGGCCAUCCUGGAGGGUCUGAUGGGAACGCUGCGUUGCCUCAAACAAACCCAGGAAGGCCGCGCUGUCGAAGAGAAGACUGUCAUGAUUCAGCGCUCGCUGGAAAUGAUAGAGCUCGGUCUUAGUGAAGCACAGGUAAUGAUGGCUCUUUCAGGGCACCUGAGUGCAGUAGAGGCUGAGAAACAGAAGCUUCGAGCACAGGUCCGGCGGCUGUGCCAAGAGAAUCAGUGGCUGCGUGAUGAGCUGGCAGGCACACAGCAGCGGCUGCAGAAGAGUGAACAGAGUGUGGCCCAGCUGGAGGAGGAAAAGAAGCACCUGGAGUUCAUGAAUCAGCUAAAAAAAUAUGACCAGGACCUCAGCCCAACAGAUGACAAAGACUCUGACUCGAGUAGGGAGACUCUGGAUGAUCUUUUCCCUGAUGAUCAGGACGAGCCAGCCUCUGGCAUCCAGCCCCCACACAGCAGUGCUGUAGCAGCAGCUCAGCAGGGAGGCUAUGAGAUUCCAGCCCGGCUCCGAACCCUGCACAACCUGGUGAUCCAGUAUGCCUCUCAGGGCCGCUAUGAAGUGGCCGUGCCGCUGUGUAAACAGGCGCUGGAGGACUUGGAGAAGACCUCGGGCCACAACCACCCUGAUGUCGCCACAAUGCUUAACAUUCUUGCCCUCGUCUACAGGGACCAGAAUAAGUACAAAGAGGCUGCAAACCUUCUGAAUGACGCACUCGAUAUUAGAGAGAAAACACUGGGCAAAGACCAUCCUGCGGUGGCCGCUACACUGAAUAAUUUGGCUGUCCUUUACGGUAAGCGUGGGAAAUACAAAGAAGCAGAACCACUAUGCAAAAGGGCACUGGAGAUAAGAGAAAAGGUGCUAGGGAAGGACCACCCAGAUGUGGCAAAGCAGCUGAAUAACCUGGCUUUGCUAUGUCAGAACCAGGGCAAGUAUGAGGAAGUGGAAUAUUACUACCAGAGAGCCCUUAACAUCUAUCAGACCAAGCUGGGCCCUGAUGACCCCAAUGUAGCCAAGACCAAAAACAAUCUGGCCUCGUGUUAUCUGAAGCAAGGGAAGUUUAAGCAAGCAGAGACUCUCUAUAAAGAGAUCCUCACACGAGCUCAUGAGAGGGAGUUUGGCUCUGUAGAUGGUGAGAACAAGCCUAUCUGGAUGCAUGCAGAGGAGAGAGAGGAACAGAGUAAAGGGAAGCAGAAAGAUGGCUCCCCAUUUGUAGAGUACGGUGGCUGGUACAAAGCCUGCAAAGUGGACAGCCCCACCGUAACGACCACACUGAAGAACUUGGGUGCUCUGUACAGGCGGCAGGGCAAGUUUGAGGCGGCUGAGACUCUGGAGGAAGCUGCUAUGCGCUCCCGAAAAAAGGGUCUGGACUCAGCCCAUAAACAGCGUGUGGCGGAGGUUCUGGGGGAUCCAGAGGCUCGGGAGAAGCAGCGCAGCAGAGAGAGUCUGAUCUCUGACACGGUGAAGUACGAGAGUGGCCCAGAUGGUGGAGAGGAAGUGAGUAUGAGCGUCGAAUGGAAUGGGCAGUGCUCAGGGCACACAACAGAGGAGACUGCAACAGAGCGAAGAGGGGAUGGCUCGGGCUCAUUAAAGCGCAGCGGCUCCUUCAGUAAACUCCGAGCCUCAAUUCGCCGUAGCAGUGAGAAACUCGUCCGCAAGCUCAAAGGAGGCAGCUCACGAGAAAAUGAACCCAAGAAUCCUGGUGUGCUUGCAUGUGGCUCUCUUGGAAGCAGCAUGAAGAGGGCCAGCUCUCUGGGGGUUCUCAACGUACCGGACAAACCUGUGGGCGAACUCUUCAAAGAGCGAAAUAAUCGUCUGAGGAAGAGUCGAGAUCUGAGUGCCAGUCACACUGACCUAGCGCACUGAAGCUCUGCAUAGCAUGUGCUGAUGAAGUUGAGAGGGUUCAGUGAGGGCACGGACUGAGGCAACUUCUACACCCUUCUCCCAGCCUAAACUCUUUUUUUUAUUUACACAGGAAACCCUUUACCUUUACUUGCCAUUACUUUCCAGACCUAAGUAAACAAAUUUAUCUCGUGUUGUGUCUUUGGACAACACUAGAAAUUAUAUGAUCAACUGCUGAAUAAGUGCAACUAACAAUCAUGCAUUCUCAACCCACUCCCAGACCCAAAAGUGUGUGUACUGAAAUGCAUUUUGACCUGUGAACCUGCAGGUGAAACUUGGCACAUUAUUCAGGCUCAGGUUAGGGAUUUACAUAUUCAUUGCACUUUUGACCCAAUGAUUAAUAUUCUGUAUGUCAUUUUAUUUUCAAUUAGAUUUUGUCAUCUCUUUGUCUAAUGUGUGUGAAGGAUAUGGUAACAUGUAACUGUGUGAUUUGGAUGUGUUCUUAUAGUUGUGGGAUAUAUGCUUUAUUCCUGUUUGUUAAUUUUCUACCCAGUUCAUUUUCAGUAACAUUAGACGUUCAGCUUCAUAAGUUUGUCCUGCUUUUCCUGGACUAAUUUAUUAUUUUUUUGUGGUAAAUUAUGAACCCCACCUGUUUUAAGGUCUCUGUUUACAUUCUGUAAUGUUCAUUACGGCAUUAGUUUUUUUUGUUUGUUUUUUUUGUAUUUUUGUUGAGGUCCUCUAACCAGAUAUUCUUCUUUCAAAUGUCAGUUAUUAAGAAUGUGGAUCAAAGGUUUCUUAAGUACCAAGGAAAACUGCACUUCACUGGUCUCAUGGAGAAGAAGUUACCAGCCUUUUCUUACAGUUGUCAGCUGAGUUUUUACUUCUUUAUCUGUUACAUUUUUAAAUAAAAAUGUUACACAGAUUGAUGUAGGUGAGUUGAUGGACUGGUUCUAUUUAAAUAUUAAAUUAAAUGAUCUCAUAUUAUUCAUAUAUCUGAAAAAGACAAAAUAUUUUGAAAAGGAUUAUUGAAGAAAUGUAUAUUGCCUCUUUUCAUCAACUCAGAUUGGUUAAGGGAGAGCUAAAAUCAGUUACAGUAGACAGAUGAAUGUGCACUGUAAAAUUCUUUAAACAGUCAUGAAGUACGUUACAUGACCAGAGAGUGACCAGAUCAGGUCUCUAAUUAGUGAUGGAGAUGGUUCACUAAUUGGUAAGCCACUUACUCUUUAUGAUUUAAUGAUAUAAAUACAUUUCAGUGAUACCAGUCCUUUUAUCCAAAGAGUGAACCAUUUUGUAAGAAUAAAAAUGGACCACUAAAGGCAAGGUUCAACUCCACAAACAUCUGUGAGGAAAAUGAAUAAAGUUCAUGCAGGUUUGUUAUACACUGCAUGUACAUUCUCUGCAUUUGGCUGCUUCUCUGCAUUCUGACAAAGUGCAAUAUUGUAGCUGCUUUGUGUGUUUGUUCUGUUUGACCUUAUAUAUGACAUUCUACUGACAAAAGCUGCUUGGCUUGGUGUCUUUGUUAAAUUUGUGAUUAAAAAUGAAUCUAUCUUCA